AUGGGCUGCGACUCCACCAGACUUAUUCUUGUACGCUGUGAUCUUGCAGAUUUUAGCAGCGUUCGAGAAUGUGCCAAGGAGAUUUUGAAAGACGAAGACAAAAUAGAUAUACUCAUCAAUAAUGCUGGUGUGAUGUUCUAUCCGAGAUAUGAAAAGACGGUCGAUGGACACGAAUUGACUUGGCAAAGUAAUCAUCUUGGUGAGAGACGUCAUUUCCUCAAGUUUGCAUAUUUGUAUAUGUUUGUCACAGUAUUCUCCGUUAUCCUCUCUAAUUUCUGA